GAAUGUCGUCAUAACCUUGCAUUCAACUCGUCGAUCGAGACUGAACGCUUAAUUCCCGUUGUGUCGCUUCCAGCGAAGAACGGCGUUCUCCAUCCGAAAGUUGCGAUCCUAUGGGAAGGUGAGAACUGUUUCCGAGAGUUCCAUUCUCCAGUCUAUGAUUCUUCAGAAGUAGACUAUGUUGUAUGUGAUUAA